UCUAUGGUAUGAAUUUAACUGCAAGAAAAAAAUCCGCCCAGAUUAUCAUAAAGGAACUGUCCAAUAUAACAAAUGUAAAUAACGAAAACGGAGUGAAAGUGAUAAUGAACCCAAAUUUUCUCAGCCGAACCGUCGCAAUACUUCAGAAAGUUGUUGGACUGAAUAUUUCUGAUGGCAGUGUUAACAUAUUGGGUCCUGCAAGUAAUAUUUUAGAUGAAGUAAACAGGAAAUAUUGGAGAAACAUGACGGAUGAGAGACUAAUUCGUGAUCUGGUGAUCACUUUGCAAAAUUAUGGAUUUCAAUUAGGAGAAGUAUUGAAAAAUGACAGGAGUUCUUCGCGUAUAUUUCAAAAUCAUUCAAACGUUCAGCUAUAUGUCACAUACCAAAAGCGCUCAGAAUUGUCACCUCAGAACAGUCUUUUCAAUUUCCCAAAUUCAUCGUUUACACUUUCGCCUGAUGCGCUUUCGAACGACUGUGGAGCGGUCAUAGUUGUUGUCUGGUAUAAAACACUAAAUUUAGUUCUGCGAAAGAGUGGUUUUAAUGGUGAUUAUCACGCAAUAAAAAGCAGAAUCAUUAUUGCGAGUGUUCAACCUGAACCAAGGAUGCCAUUUAAGGAACCUGUGCGUAUAAGCUGGGAUGCAACAGAAUUGGACGAAGCGAUCACUUGUGGAUAUUGGAAACCAGAAUUAGGUGUAAGUUAGUGGAAAACUGAUGGCUGUAAAAUAGGAAAGUCGAAUAAUAACCACUCGAUAUGUGAAUGUUAUCACCUCACUGCUUUUGCGACCAUGGACAUUGGAAAGAAAGAUUUGUUAACCAAGGGUGAGCAAGAGGUUUUGGAAAUAGUGUCUACUGUUGGCAGUUCUUUGUCGUUGGCUGGUGUGUUGUUGACGAUAUUAGCCUACGUAUUGCAGUGGAAGAGACUUCAUAAAGAUGGCAAAAGCAAAAUUUCUUCAAAAGUGCUCAUGAAUCUUUGUGUUGCAAUUGGAAUGGCGAAUUUCCUUUCUAUACUUUCCGGUCCGGCACGUAAUCAUGAGCCAUACUGUAUAACAGUUUCCUUGCUUCUAUAUUUCUUCAUUCUUGCUCUUUUUGGAUGGAUGUUAUGCGAAGGAAUUGUAAUCUACUUAAAAAUGGUCAAUGUCUAUGCGAGUUUAGCUUUGGGUGGAAAACAUAUGCAAGCAUUCUAUGUUGUUGGAUGGGGUUUUCCAGUUAUCAUUGUCUCGCUUCAAAUCACGGUGAAUGGUUUAAUUGAUGUUACAUCCGAGCAUGCAUGUUGGUGCCGUGCUGGUGGUGUGAUGUUUUGGAGCUUUUUGGUUACUGUUGGAUUAAUAUUGUUGGUAAGAUAGCACCACACAUAUUUGACAAUUUAGGCAUGAUAAUGUCGUCAUCUUCAGGGACAAGUCAGAACGUCAGACAAUAAUGGCUAUAAGUAUUUAAACUUAGGAUUUGCCGCUUUAAACUGCCACUCAAACACAGAGAAUUACGCUGUAUAAACCGGGCCUGACUUAAACA